GAUCAAGAGAAAAAUAGCACCCGCGUCAGCUGUGGCACGAUCCCAGAUCAACGGAGAUGAAUCACGGCCGUCUGAUUUCUGGCGGAGGAUGGCUACUCCGGAGACUUUGCACGGCGGCUGAGAGUCCAGCAAAAAGUCCAAACCUCUAUCGAAUAUUAUCGGCGUUGAAAAAGACUGGAGGAAGCGUGUCGGAAACUUUGGACAACCAUGUAAUGCAAGGCAAAGCCAUAAAAAAAAGAGAACUCGAAAGAUGUGUCGAGGAGCUCCGAAGGUAUCGCAGAUUUCAGCACGCACUCGAGAUAAUUGAAUGGAUGGAGAUGAGGAAAAUUAACUUUUCCUGGGAUAAUUAUGCAGUGCAAUUAGAUCUUGUGUCUAAGACCAAAGGGGUGGUUGCGGCUGAAGAGUUUUUCAGUGGUCUUCCAACUCCGGCCAAGAACAAGUAUACGUAUGGUGCUCUCUUGAACUGUUACUGCAAGGAACUAAUGAAAGACAAGGCAUUGAGUCAUUUUGACAAAAUGGAUGAAUUGGGUUAUGUCUCUUCUCUGGCUUUCAACAAUAUGAUGAGUCUGUAUAUGAGAAGUGGUGAACCCCAGAAAGUGCCUCACCUGGUGGAGCUAAUGAAAAGGAGAAGCAUUCCCUUGUCUUCAUUCACGUAUCAUGUCUGGAUGAACGCAUGCGCCUCUUUGGGCGAUCUUGAUGGGGUGGAGAGAGUCUAUGAGGAGAUGAAAACUGAAGAUAAAAUUGGUUGGCAGACUUACAGCAACCUUGCUGCUAUUUAUGUGAAGGUUAAGGACUUUGAGAAGGCUGAAAUGAUGCUUAAGGAGCUGGAGAAACGAGUGAAGCCAAGGCAGCGUGAUGCUUACCAUUGCUUGCUUGGCCUCUAUGCUGGGACAGGUAAUCUGGGAGAAGUUCAUAGAGUGUGGAAUUCCCUUAAGUCUGUCUCCCCUGUGACAAAUUUUAGCUAUAUGGUAAUGCUUAGUACCCUUCGAAGGCUUAAUGAUAUAGAGGGCUUAACAAAAUGCUUUAAGGAGUGGGAAGCUAGUUGUGUUAGCUAUGAUGUGAGGUUAGCUGGUGUCUGCGUUAGUGCUUAUUUGGGUCAGAACAUGGUGGAAGAAGCUGCAUUGGUGUUUGAGGGGGCUAGCAGGAGGAGCAAAAGCCCUUUGUUUAGGAUUGAGGAAAUGUUCAUGUUGUAUUUCUUGGAGAAACGUCAAUUGGAUGCUGCUCUGAGGCACUUGGAGGCUGCGCUUUCAGAAGUCAAGGGUGAUGAAUGGCAUCUUUCACCAGAAGUUGUUGGGGCUUUUCUGAAGUACUACGAAGAAGAGACGGAUAUGGAUGGUGUUGAUGAGUUGUGUAAGAUUCUCAAGGCUAAGAAUUUUGAUGAUUCCUGGAUUAAAACUUGCAUUAAUGAGGCCAAAGCGUCUCCUGAAACUGAUCCAAGAUUGAAGGAAGAUGAUCCUCAAAACUAUCCUGCGCAGGAGAACUAGACAUCAUGAAAAAUCAACUGUGUGCAGCUUGUAGGCGCAGUUUACGAUGCAAGUGAUUUGGCAGUUAUCUUGGUUUUCAUAAGAUUAAGAACACUUUUUCCCGAAUCGUUUAGAAUUUAAUACUUCAUUUUGGAAACCGUUAAAUGCUUUGGGCUCCUCUUCUGUACUUUACCUCCCUCCUCCACCUCCUAUAAAAGGAGGGGCAACCCUAUUCUAAUUUUUAGAACUAAGUUGAAUGGAGAGUUACUUUUCUAAAAUUACAAGGCUACUAUUCCUUAGUUUUCACCUUA